UUGUUCUCAAGAGAGGACAAAGACAUUUGGGUCCGUAUUAUUUCGUCGACUCCUACCAGCGAUUGCUUCAUUGAGAAGCCAGGCCCGGCAUUUUUAUGUCGGGGAAGAUCACGGUCAGCUCUAGAUACCCGUGAUCUUCGUAGCCCGGGUGGUAAAGAAAAGUACGGAGACCCGGUCUGUCGUGCUCUGGUACCAGCACUCGGUCUGUGACAGACAGCAGUUCUGCAAACUUGCAAAUAAUUCAAAUUUUUGUCGCAUGGAAUUCUCAAUCCUUCCAUUCGGCAUCGAGAUCGAAUGUUCGGCGGAAAAAUUUGAUCGACUGUUCCGAUUUCGUGGGUUGAAGAUUCGAAGUGCUCGGAGCUGAAAUGCUUGUCGUUGCUGCCGUAGGCGGUAGCACCGGAGCUGUGCAUGAGUCGAAAGUUUGGAACGACUGGAGCUCUUCCUUCGGCUGCGGAAGGCAGCGAGCUACGAAUCUUGAGAGAUUGACAUCAUGAAUUAAAUAAUACACGAGAAAAUCUUUGUCGAGCUGAAUCCAUGGCCGGAGCUAGCCUGUACAAGAGGAUGGGCCGCAUGAACCCAUUCAUGCGGUAUGGAAUGCCUAUGAUAACACUCACCGUGUUGGGAUCUCUGGGUCUUUCUCACCUUCAACAAGGCCGGAAAGAUGUUGCAAAUGCACGUGACGAUCGGCAGUGGGAAGCCAUAGCCCAGCAGCGGUCUUUGUCCCGGGAAGGGCCUCUGGCUGAUUUUGAAUCCAAGAAGAAGAAGCACAUUGAUCUGGAAGAAGAGCUCAAGGCCUUUCAACUAAAAGUGGACAUCAAUGCAUUUGAGUACAAGGCCGUUCCAAAGCCACGUCAAGCAGAGUGACUGAAGAAUGUCUGCCCACCAAUGUUGGAAGCAAGAACUGGCACGCGUUGGGGCAUCACCGUAGCCCUGUACUGUGAGUCACUUUUGGAGCACGACAGCGGACAAGUCACUUUUGGAGCUCGAAGUCAAGCUCAAGAGCAGCAGAGUGAAUGAUUUGAAGUCUUUAUGCUUCGUAUGACACUGCUGCCAACAGGGGCUCAUUUUCCGAGUAUGCGAAGCUCACGACAUGCCUGACCCAAAGAUAUUGCACGGACAUCUACCAAGAGCUGGAGGGUAGAUUGAGAUUCGUCCGGACGUACACCCAGGCCGACCUGAAACUUAUAUAUUGUAGGGUGUAUGCACUAAUUGGAAAUUAAUACAAUAUUUUAUCAGUAGAAUGUCCAACACUAAAUUACGCUUCUGUGGAGUAUAGGUCGUUUCAAGUUGGGCGUGAAAUGGAUACACAGUAUGUGAGUGGUUGUUUCAGUGUAGAUACUUCAGUGAGGUUGUAUACAUUAAUGAGUUUAUUCCUCAUUAAUCUUGGAAUAUGACAUUGUAUCACCACAGUAGUUUGUUAAGGACUUGAUGUCCUAAGUUCAGGGGCAUGCUGUAAAGAGUGCAAAAUCUGCCCUUGCACACCUUUUCUCGAAGUUCAAUCCACACAAGUGUGCCUCCCACGAAGUCUGUCCAUCC